CCUCCACCGCCUCAGCCCUCAAGGUGACCCACCCGGGCCCAGUGACAGUGAGUGCCCGACCUGGGCCGUAGCCUCCCCCCUCUGAGUCAGGGGAUCCCCAAGCAAUCCCAGGCCCUCUGAGCCUUCACCUCCCGGGGGAAACUAACUCCUCAGCAACGGGAAAGCGAACUGAUGCAAAAAGGAAAAUAAACCUACCAGAAAUUAACACCAAUUAACACAAUUCUCAUCUGAUUCCACACUAGUAUGGGACUGCACAUUCGUGUUCUGCUUGCUGUGCUUUGCAUCUUUGUGGAAUCUAUUGCUGCCUAUGGAAAUGGUCAAGUGACUGUGGCUUGUGACUCCAUGAUCCCAAGGCAUGGGAGCAUUAUUCAGAAAUCACCGAGUCCUGCCAUUAUAACAGUGGACAAAAACGUGAUCAACGCUAGUGAUCAGAUAAGAGUCACCCUCACUGUGAGACAGUCUGGAACGUCAUUCCAAGGUUUUUUUCUACAAGCACGAGAUGCUGCUGACCUGAAUGUUGGACCACUUGGAACCUUUACUUUAAUUGACGACAAGAGCACCCAGCUCCUGACUUGUGCGGAUGUAAAAGACUCAGCAGUCAGUCACACAAGCUCAUCAGGAAAACACACAGUUGAGGUGCUUUGGAAGCCACCCAGUCCAAAACCAGAUCACAUCCAAUUCUUGGCAACCAUAGUUCAGAAGUUCAAUAUUUACUGGGUCAAAUUACGUGGUCCAACAGUCUCACAAGUAAAUGCUCCUCCUUUGUCAAAACAGCCUACUCCAGAGUCUCCACCGAUACUACCAACCACCUCCCGGCUGACCAAACCUUUUAACGCAACGGAUUGUGGUGAAAAGAAGUCCUGCCUACGGAAUCCCACUGGAUGCGACCCUGAGCUCGACAGGUUGUGCUUCUUCCUCGCCUUUACCGUGCAAGGCUCCUCAGUGUUUUUUGAGUUGAGUGGACCAUCUAAUGGGUACGUCUCAUUUGCCCUGUCAGAUGAUAAAUGGAUGGGUGAUGAUGACAUUUAUUUAUGUGUUGUCAAUGAUCAAAGUGUGCAGAUCAAUCCAGCCCGUUCAACCGGUCGCUCACAUCCAAUAUUGAACUCUCAGUUUCCUAUUAAUGACAUGGCGUGGAGGUUGGAAGAUGGGGUGGCCCAGUGUUCAUUCAGAAGAAACAUUCGGCUCCCGGAAUACAUUGAACGGUUUGACCUGGACAGGCAAUAUUACAUUUUCCUAGCGGAAGGGAAAGCAGUAAAUGGGAGAAUUCAUAAACAUGAUCAGCAACCACUGAUUACACAGGGAAAAGUCCAUUUACAUGGUUCUCCUAAAGAACUGAAGGGUUCGCGGUCUCCAGGAUACAUUAAGGCACACGGAUCCUUAAUGUUUAUUGCAUGGAUUACUACAUCUAAUAUCGGUGUUAUCGUAGCUCGAUUCUUUAAAUCUGUGUGGCCAACUACCACAAUGUUUGGGCAAAAGAUCUGGUUUCAGGUGCACAGGAUUCUGAUGGCAGCCACGGUGUUGUUUACAUGCAUUGGGUUUAUACUUCCUUUUCUUUACCGAGGAGGCUGGAGCCACUUUGCAGGCGUCCAUCCAUACUUUGGCUGUAUGAUCCUUAUCCUGGUGAUUCUUCAGCCGAUCAUGGCAAUCUUCAGACCCAAUCCAUGUGCUGCCAGGCGAUAUCUCUUUAACUGGUUACAUUGGGCUACAGGCACAUUUGCUAGAAUAAUCGCAGUUGGAUCGAUCUUUCUGGGAAUGGAUCUGCCAGCUCUGGAUCUUCGUAACCCUUGGGAUACAUUAGUCAUGGUUGGAUUCAUAGUUUGGCAUGUUGCAGCAGAACUAAUUCUGGAAGCACAUAAUUACAUAAUUACUUCUAAAGCACGGAAACGAGAAGAGGAUAAAUUGGAGAUAAUGGAUUCGAGUGAAUCGAUUGACCCGCAGGGUCAUAGGCUUAAAAUGAUGAUAUUGACAAUCUACAUCUGUGGAAACCUAACAUUUCUGAUAACGUUACUUGUUGGAAUUAGUCUUACUUGAUGAUCAUCCAGAUGCUGCCUGCAUGUUGUCUCCAUUGAUUCUGACCUUGAAGCUGAUGUCACCUGAUCUUUUUCUCAUGACCGUAGUGUCAUUUCUUGCUCGUCAUGCACCGGACCGAAGAUUCAUCAGGCAGAGAACUUAAAUACUUCUUCAAAAAACUCUUAGGGGCCUGUCCCACUUGGCGAUUUUUUCGGCGACUGCCGGCAUCAUUGACUGACGUAUCAGGUCACCGAAAAAUUUGCGGCGU